GUGGAGUUCUUGGCUCUAUCGUUCCACUUGCUCUUAUUUGGAAUUCAACGACAGGAUCUGUUAAUGAUGGAACUUAUAUUGGCUUCAUGGUUCUUAUGGCAUUUGGUUCUUUGUUAGCUAUGACUUUACUUCCACCUAAUAAGGUUAUUCAUUGGAGAAUGAUUGCACUUUUUCCUAUGUUUAUUGCCAGUAAUUGGUUUUACGCAUACAGAAGAACUCGUGGAAUUAUAGGAAUCACCAUUCUAACAGUUAUAUUAAUGGGUACUUGGAUUGGUGAUCUCCUUUUCCAAUUAUCUUAUAAGCGUGAAGAUGAUCUUGCUCAUAUGGAUCUAUACGAUUCUGAUAUGCUAAAUUCAUAA